AUAUCAUUAUUAUUUAAAUUCUUUAAAAUUUUAUCUAUAUACGAGUGGUUCGAGGAAAAAUUGGAUUUUCUAAUGAAUAAUUAAGGCUAUGAAAACCGAAAUGAAUAUCGAAAAAAAGGAGGCCGAAGCGAAAGCGAUGGCUGUAAAACAUGUAAUUAAUAUGCUUCAACGUCAGGGUCAACUUGAAAAGGUUGAACAGUAUAAACGACGUGUAAGCAACAAAAAGGCUUCAAUUGAAGCCCUUUUGAAGACAGCUAUGCAAAGCCAAUUGGAUGGGGUACGCGUUGGCUUAAAUCAGUUAAAUACGUGCUUAAAUGAAAUCCAAGAAAUUAGAACAAGUAUGAAAUCAAUGGGCGAACUUGUAAGUGAUGUCCGAACAAUUUGUAAUAAAUUACAGGAUGUUCGAGAUGAAAAUAUGCGUCAUUCUCAAUACACAACCGCCAUGAACAAUUUAAAACAUAUUUUCACUUUACCAGAAAGCGUAAAGAAAACAGAACAAUGGAUUCACGAAGGAAAAUUAUUACAUGCACAUCAACUUUUAUCCGAUUUAGAAAAUUCAAGAAAUGAUUUGUUACUAGAAUUACAUAAAUUACCAAAUCAAUCGUUACAUGAUAUUGUUACACUCAAAACAUAUUUCAAAGAAGUCGAUGUUUCAUCGAAAUUGUUAGAAACUGAAAUACGUUUAAUUUUGGGGCGUACACUUAACACGGUACGAAAAGAACCGACGGCUUUGGUUACGGUCUUACGAAUUGUGGAACGUGAGCAAAAAUAUGAUCAAGAAGCUAUUAAAAUGCAAAAACAAACAGGAUUUUUACCACCUGGGCGUCCUAAAAAGUGGAAAGAUAUGGUAUUUGAAGUAUUAGAGAAAACAGUUGCAACACGUAUUGAAGGAACUCAAACGGAUGGUCGUGAAGACAAUAAACUAUGGCUUGUUAAAUAUUUGGAAUUGAUACGGAUGCUUAUUGUGGAAGAUUUACGUGUGGUCAAAACUUUAUGUCUGCCAUGUUUUCCUCCACAUUACGAUAUUUUCAAUAGAUAUGUGAAAAUGUAUCACGAAUGUUUAUCAACGCAUCUACAAGAAAUCAUUCAAAAUGGAAUUGAGGGAAACGAAUAUGUAUCUCUGUUAUCAUGGGUAUUAAAUACGUAUCCAGGCGAUGCAUUAAUGCAACAUCCUGAAUUGGGGAUUGAUCUAGAUGAACUUGGUCCACUUUUACCCGUAUCAUUAGUAAAUUCCUUACAAACGCAAACAUUAAAGAAUAUGGAAAGUAAUUAUAUCGAAUGGAUGCAUAAUACAAUUGUUUCUGAGAAACAAGAAUGGCAAACAGUUACACCACCAGAAGAAGUUGGUACAAAUGGAUACUUUCGAAGUGUGGCUCCUGUUAUUAUUUUCCAAAUGAUUGAUCAAAAUUUACAAGUUACGAAAACAAUUAGUCAAGAACUAACAGAUCGAGCAUUGGUUUUGAGUGUGGAUCAAGUUUUAAAAUACGGUGAAUCUUAUCGUGAAUGUAUUGUCGAAUUCAAGAAUAAACAUUUCGAGGAUCGUAGCCAGAUUCCAUAUUUUACUCAUCACAUGAUUACAAUUGUAAAUAAUUGCUUGCAAUUAAUUGAACUCUCGACACAAUUGAAACAACAAUAUUGGACGCCACGAGUUAAUGAUGCGGCAGCCGGUAAAUUUGAAGCAGUCUUCAGUUUAUUUUUGAAUUUAAGAAAUGAAUCUGGAAUGUUUUUAUUGGAUGAAGCAUUUUUGGAUUUGGAUAAACAUUUUGAUGAAUUGUUUACAACAAAAUGGCUAACUACUCGAUCUAUUGCUAUCGAUACGAUUUGUGUUACUCUUGAAGAUUAUUUCCAGGACUAUUGUUAUUUAUGUGAAGAAAAUUUUGAGUAUGUUUUAACUGAAGCUGAAAAUUUGGUUGCACGUCGUUAUGUGACAGCCAUGCUUUCAAAGAAACUAUCAUUUAAAACAACUGAAGAUCGUAACAUUGGCGUCAACAAAAUCAUCAGUGAAUUAAAUCAACUGAAAUCAUUUUUUACACGUAUCGCACCAAAUAUGCCAUCAAAAAAUCAACAAUUAGACGUUAUCGCCAUGUUAAGUGAAGUGUUGAAGUGUGAAGAUAUUGAUAUGAUCUCAUUAGAUCUACAAAAUCUUGUUGAUCAAUAUCCAGAUAUCACCGAAGAUCUUUUAUAUCGUUUAUUAUAUUUACGAGGCGAUAUAUCACGAUCUGUUUUAUCCGAUAAAGUAUCUUUUGCUGUUAGCAAUCGUAAAUUUAAGCAAACAACAUCGAAGAGUGUUUUUAAAAAUAUACAUUUCUGAUCCAAUUCAAUAUCCAUUUUCCUUACAAAGAAAAUGGAUUCUUAAUUUU